UAUCAACCUAUCCCAACCCCCCAUAUAACUCAUGAAACUUGGCUUUGAGGCUCUCAGAGCACCAUGCGGAUUAACACUUUAACUUGUCUUGUAUUGGUAUUGGUGGGGUGUGUCUCCGGACUCCGCCUAAAGUACAGAUACCCAUCAGGUUCCUCCACAUCUGGCCCUAGGAAAACUCUGAGUGGUCGGGCGUCUACAAAUAUAUAUGAUGACGUCCUAUCCAACGGAAACACCAGGCCGCAAAGUUUAUCCAACAUUUGGUCUGAUUAUAGAGGUCCCCUUGGUAGAUCGAGGUUUAAUUCAGAUUUGAAUGGCCUUCGACGCGCUUCAUCAAGAAGACGGAUGGCAAACUCUUUAAUGCGAGAUUUGAACAGACUUGACGGACGGAGAACCGCCUCUUCGAGGAUUCCCUCAUCACGUGACAGGACAACCUCAAUCAGAGGCCCCGAUACGUCAUCGUCUCUGUAUAGGGAAUAUGGAGACCUCGCGCAAUAUUUACCACUUCCGGUUGGUGAAAAAUUCAAACCUUCGCCGAUCAAAGAUUACCGAGCCACCAAAAAACCUCUCCCUGCUGGUCCACUUGCACCGGAAAUACUUCAAAUGAGAAAAGAGAUCAGAGACAAAGUCGCAUCAGGAUAUUAUGGAUCAGAACCAAUAUUCAAUAUCCCCUAACUUUAUAUUGUUUUUUUUAUUAUCAAUUUUGUCUUUUCAUUGUUUGUUUUAACACUGCAUAUUACAUUGUUUGUGAAUAAAAUGUACAGAUCAACGAAAAUUGAACCUCAAAUGUUA